AUGGCGCCUAUCGUGCCGAGUUUUCUAACUGCAACCACCGUCUUGGUGCCCGCCGUCCCCCCUCGCUGCCACAAGAAGGGAACUCCACCUUACAUUGUCGAGCAAAUAUAUCAAGAACUAGAGUUUGCUCGGAAUAACGCCCCCAUCGAGGUGCUUGAUCUCAUUCUCGACAACCUGGACGGCGAUCCGGUUGAGCUCAGAACAUGCAGUUUAACGUGCCAUGCUUGGGUCCAUAUAUGCCGACAGCGGCUCUUUCAAUCCGUAGAUCUCAGGUGCACCAAGACGCAUUGCGACGGGUUCCUACGGGUGCUGCAAUCGUCCGCUUCGACGGGUGCACCGAUUGCUGACUACGUCCGCGAACUCACGCUCUGGGGAGACAAUAACCCUGACUAUAGGCACUACUCCUUGGCUCGCCUCAUAUGUCGGUACAUUGGCUUCAGGAUACUCGCGAGGUUGUCCGGUACAUCCGAGCCCAUGGGGCAAUCCCGGCUUGGCCCCAGUAUCCGAGUCACGCUCGGUCGUAUACUGAAGCGGCUUCAUCGGACUCAGCUGCUGCGACUUAGGAACUUCGAUUGGUGUGAUAUUGCACCUUUUACAUUCCGGGGCCAAGCCAGCGCAAGUUCGAGAGCCCUUGUGGACCUAUUCGCCGCCAUUCCCGCUGUGUCCUCAUUGGAUAUCUUCUGUGCGAUCUUCCUCUCCCCUUCCGAACUCUUACAACUACUGGCCGCGUUUCCUGGAUUAUCCACCCUGACACUGCAACACAUUCGCUGGCAUCCCGAUGUCGACUUGUCCCAUAGGCCAGACUCUGCGGCUCUCUGUCACUCAAGCGUUGGCGUCCGGCGCAUCGAGAAGCUCUCCCUCGAUGCAGACAUCAAGAUGCUGCCCUCGUUCGUCGAAGGCCUGUUGAACCCACCGUUCGCCCCGGCGGUUCGUGAGAUGUCCAUCGACAGCUGCCCUCGCAGUGCCGAGAACUUGACCACCACGAUGCUCUUAUCGCGAAUGCGGUCGACACUGGAGGUGCUCCACGUGAACUACUUCCCAUCGCAGGACAUACAAUCGGAACUGGACUGCUCACAGCACCACAAGCUACGCAUCGUCACGCUCAGCUACGUUUUCGGCUCAUCGAGGAGUGUCCGAGCUAUUUGUCCCUACCUUCCUCAGUUCUUGCAAUCGCUACCAAAGAGUAUUCAGCAACUCCAGCUACGCUUUGAGAUGCAUGGUCUGGAUUCAACCGACCCCAUUGUCUUUCUAGACUUCACAGACUGGGAUGCUCUGGACCGAGCGCUUGCCGAACUGCACGAGAGACUCACGGCCCUACGGACCACAAUCGACGUCAGGAUCAUGCUCGACGGCCGCGGCAUCGAUAUACGCCCCGAGGUCGUGCGGCCCGUCAUUGAUCGCCUACCGAGGAGCCUCAGAGGAGGGGCGCAAAUCUAUCUUCUGGGCUCCUGUGAAUGA